AUGAUGAUUUUAACCAAGGUAUAUAUUAUUAUUGUACAGAACAUUCUACUUAUUACGAUUUGUAAUGGUCUUAAUAUUUACAACAUUGACACUGGUCCAAGGAAUAACGACACAGUUGCUAUAGUCAUAAAUCCAAAGUUUACUACAAAUAAAAAUAAUGACAUUUGGAAUACUAUUAAUGGAUACAUUAAUAAAUUAAAGCAAGAUGUAUUUAAACAAGCUGGGGUAUCUGUCGAAAUCUAUACAAAAACGAACAUUAAACUUUCGAGAGAUAUGGUUUCGAUUUUCAUUGUAUCAUAUUGUGAAGAUGUUUGGGACUUAUACUACAAAGCUGAAUUCGAAGGAUUAAAUGGAAUACUGUACAUUUCAAUAACAGAUACUGACUGUCCGAGACUACCAACCGAUGAGGCAAUUACUAUUCCUUUGACUACCUAUCAAUCAGAACUAUCUCAAUUAAUAUUGGAUUUAAGAAUGUCAAAUGCGUUUACAUGGAGAUCAGCAAUUUUAAUGCAUGACAAUUCUAUUGGUGAUAGCAUUGUACAACAUAUUGUCACCUCAUUAACAAAGCACUAUCCAAGUAAUAUUCUAUCACCAUCUGUAGCUAUAUUUGAAAUCUAUACGCAAGGAUCUGAGUGGAAAAGGAGGAAAUUAUUUAUGGAGGAUCUUGAACAUUUUUUAAAAAUGAGUGAAAUGAAUUCAAAUUAUAUUUGCAUUGUUAGUAUUCAUUAUGUACCUUUAAUUAUAGAUGUGGCUAAAUCAUUGAAUUUAAUGACUGCUGAAAAUAGUUGGCUAAUUAUUAUUCCAGAUAUAGACUCGUCUAGAAGUAAUAUAUCAUCAUUUUCAAGUCUAUUGAGCGAAGGAGAAAAUAUAUCUUUUAUUUACAAUUCUACAAAAACAGAUUCUAAAUGUCUCGGUGGUAUCUUGUGUUUGGUGGAUGAAUUAAUGUCUGUAUUCAUAAUGGCCUUCAGUGCAUUGAUUCAACAAGAAAUAGAGUUAUCACAACGAGUAUCAGAAGAAGAAUGGGAUGAAAUUAGACCAUCGAAAAUUGAUAGGAGACAAUCGAUGGUAUCUUUCAUCAAGUUUCGUUUGAAUGAAUCCGGUAUAUGUGAAACAUGUCAAAUGUGGCACAUUGAUUCUGGUGUUACUUGGGGCCAAGAGUAUUUUGGUCAUGGAUGUUACAUUCUUCCAGUGGGUUAUUGGAAUACAAAAACUGGUUUAAAGCUAACUGAACCACUUUUCUUGCAUUUGGCGAAUGGUUUUAGAGGAAUAUCAUUACCUAUUGCUACUUUUAAUUUUCCACCUUGGCAAAUCGUAAAUUUCAAUAAAACUGGUCAUUUAAUAAGUUAUAGUGGUUUAGUUUUCGAUAUUAUCAAUCAAUUGGCAAAAACAUUAAAUUUUACUUAUAACGUCAUUGUCAUAUCUCACUCGGAUCAAAUGAAUACUACGAAAGCUCUGUUUAUGCAAAAUAAUAUAUUGGGUGAAUAUGACGCUGUGGUCUCAAAACCCAUAUGGGAUAAAAUGAUAGAUCUCGUUCGAUCUGAAAGAGUGUUCAUUGCAGCAGCUGCAUUUGCUAUAAAAGAAACGAACCAAAUAUUUAUCAACUAUACAACACACAUAAGUCUAGAGCCACAUCACAUUUUAGUGGCUAAACCAAAGGAACUAAGCCGAGCUUUGUUGUUUACUGCUCCGUUUACGUUAUUGACUUGGUUAUGCAUAGCUAUUGUGGUUGGUCUAAUGGGUCCUAUAUUGAAUGUAUUUCAUAUUCUAAGUCCAUACUAUGAAUAUCACAACAUAAGUAGAAAAGGCGGUCUUAACUCACCAUUAAAUUGUUUUUGGUAUGUUUAUGGCGCACUGUUGCAACAAGGAGGAGCCUAUUUACCUGAUGCGGAUAGUGGUCGAUUGGUAGUUGGCACCUGGUGGUUAUUCGUUUUGGUCAUCGUUACCACCUACAGUGGAAACUUAGUGGCGUAUUUGACGUUUCCUCAAAUGGAUACAAUGGUGUCUAAUGUAGCCGAUUUGAUGGCUCGUAAGGCUCAAGGGUAUUCAUGGGGAAUACCGAAAACAUCAAAUUUACAUUCAUUACUCACAUCAUUACCAGAUGAUACGAUGGUCAAAGAAUUAAUUAAAAAUGCUGAAAACCAUGAGGAGUUGUCACGGUCGGUUAUAGAAAGAGUAAGAUCUGGUAAACAUGCAUUUAUUCAUCGUCGAACCAACCUGAUGUACAUUAUGAAAGACGAUUUUCUUAAAACUAAUAGAUGUGACUUUGCUAUAGGAAAUGAAGAUUUUGCAGAGGAAAAAUUGGCAAUGAUGUUAGCAAAAGAAAGCCCUUAUCUUAGCAGAAUAAACAGAGAGAUUGAAAAAAUGCAUAAGGUUGGUCUUAUAAAUAAAUGGUUGGUGGACACUUUACCCAAAAAAGAUCAAUGUUGGACUAAUACACAAUUAGAAGUAACAAAUCAUAAAGUAAAUUUAGAUGAUAUGCAAGGAUCGUUUAUUGUUCUGUUAUUGGGUGUAUUAUCAUCAUUAGUGUCAUUUGUAUUUGAAUAUAUACUAGAAAAAUACAUAAAUCGACGUCAAAUAGUAAUAACACCAUUUAUAAACUGAUAUCGAACAACUGUAUGUUUAACAGUCUUUUUCUUUUAUUAAAAUAAAUAGAUAACAAUGGUAAUUAAUAUUCUUACAAAUAAUUAAACACAUAAAUAUACAAAUAAUUCUA